UUGGUCGAUCCGGAUCGGAACCGGAAACCCUAAGUAAGGUUCUUCCUAUUUCCUAGUCCCCAUUACAAAUCUAUCGCGCAACCGCGAACACCUCGGUUCGACAUUGCAGGGGCGAAGCUUAGUUGGCGGUAACCGAUCCCUCCAGAUGGCGAGAAUUAAAGUCCAUGAGCUACGAACCAAGUCGAAGACUGAUCUUCUGAACCAGCUCAAGGAGCUCAAGGCUGAGCUUGCCCUUCUCCGAGUGGCUAAGGUCACUGGUGGUGCACCUAACAAGCUUUCAAAGAUAAAGGUGGUUAGGCUUUCUAUUGCUCGUGUGCUUACUGUAAUCUCCCAGAAACAGAAAGCUGCAUUGAGAGAAGCAUACAAGAAUAAGAAAUUUCUUCCGCUUGAUCUUCGACCAAAGAAGACCCGUGCAAUUAGGCGUCGCCUCACUAAACAUCAGGAUUAUGCGACGAAAACACCGCUUCUUCGUUGCAAUAGCAAGAGCUCCCUGUACCCUAUUCCACCAAGCGUUGCUUGCAUUGGUACCGAUCAGACUGCUCUCACUGCUGUUCAAGUUCCAUCUUCAAUCUGGCACAGCCGCCUGGGCCAUCCCAGUCAACCCAUUUUAGCUUUCUGUUACUAGAUCCCAUUUACUUCUUGUUUCCAAUACAUGUUCAAACUUCAUUUGUAAUGCGUGUGAGACUGCGAAGAGCAUGAGAUUGCCUUUCUCUGUGUCCCCUUCUUGGUCCAUACAACCGUUACAAUUAAUUCAUUAUGAUUUGUGGUCAUCCCUUGUAGCUUCUUUUUCUGGAUUCCAAUAUUACAUUGUAUUUGUGAAUGAUUACUAUGGUUACACUUGGGGUUUUCCAUUGAAACGUAAAUCAUCCUACAUUUAUUGUUUUUAA